UGUCAGGACCAUAAGGGGCCAAUCGCGCAUGCGUGUAUUGGUUCAUUCGGAAGAAAUAGCAAUUUCCCUGAAGUUCCUCUGUCCACCAAUUUUGUGGGGAAAGUAUUUUCUCAUAAAAUCUAUUUUUAUAUCCAAGUCGGGAUAAUGUGACCUGAGCGCCACUAUCGGUGCUGUCGGUAAGUUUUUUGGCGGGAAUAACUUGUACUACGCAAGAUGUGGUCAUACCCGCAAUGUUUUGAGAUCGUUUGAUCACUCAUGUUGGGUAGUUCCACAUUUUUACAGCUCAGAUAGUGCCAGCUGGGGUCCUGUCAAAAUCAUUGGCCUACCUGAGGCUGAUGAGGACUGAAACUCACGAAACUCUACAGGGUGCCCAAGAAAGGUUUUACCUUACAUAAUAGAAUUCUAUUGUGUAUCCAUUAUGUGAGGGAAAAUAAUUCUGGGCCACCCUGUAGUACAUGUAGAUGAACUGUUCAAAGACACGUGAGUAUGAUCUUAAAAUAGAUACUGAACGAUGAUUGACGGAAUUCCACGCUGUGACGUCAUUUGCACCUACGAACGGCCAUGUUUGAUUUCCCCCACAAAAUUGGUGGACAUCGGAACUUCAGGGAAAUUGCGAAGAAAUUCACGAAUUUCUCGAAUUUUGCAACGAAAACCUUUCAAUUUAUGGCAGAAAUUGCCCGAAAUACUCGUCAUGGAACGCCGUUAGUGGGUUCAAAACAUAAAUUAGUUAUUAAAGGAACCAUAUUGAUUCAUAUUUGGGAGAUCUAUGUCUAGUUUAAGUCUUCCAGUGUCCAUGAAAGAUUCGUCUUACACUCCUGUUUUGACUGAAUCGCCUACCAAACUUUCCGAGGAAGAUCUCACAAAGAUGCCAAAAUCUGUACGAAAAUGGCAGGUAUUCCCAGGCCGGAACAAGUUCUGCUGCAAUGGCAGAGUGAUGAUGGCCCGGCAGACUGGAAUAUUCUAUCUGACAUGUGUGUUGAUCAUUGUAACAUCGGGCCUGUUCUUUGCCUUCGACUGUCCAUAUCUAGCAACGGAAUUAUCACCAGUCAUACCAGUGAUAGCUUGUCUAAUCUUCAUAUUCGUCAUGUCUACAUUGUUUCGCACAAGCUUCAGUGAUCCAGGGGUGAUACCCAGGGCCACCCCUGAUGAAGCAGCUGACUUAGAAAGACAAAUAGAAAUCCCUGCUGCUGGGUCUCCCGGGACGUAUCGGCCACCACCUCGCACGAAAGAAGUCGUCAUCCGUGGUCAAGUUGUUAAAUUGAAAUACUGUUUCACUUGUAAAAUAUUCCGCCCUCCUAGGGCCUCGCAUUGCAGCAUCUGUGAUAACUGUGUUGAGAGAUUCGAUCACCACUGUCCAUGGGUUGGCAACUGUGUCGGCAAGAGGAAUUAUCGUUAUUUUUACAUGUUCAUCCUAUCACUCUCCGUGUUGUGUAUAUACAUAUUUGCAUGCGUCAUCACACAUCUUAUACUCAGUGCACAGGAAAAGAAUUUUCUCCAUGCGAUGCGAGACUCACCUGCUAGUUGUAUUGUUGGUAUCAUAGACAUCUGCGUCAUACUGCAGAUGGUUGGCAUGGCGGGUUUCCAUACCUUCCUGGUCGCUACUGGUAUAUCAACAAAUGAGGAUAUCAAAGGCACAUUUUCUGCUAAACGUGGUCAAGAUAAUGCUAAUCCUUAUACGAAGGGAACAGUGAUGUUGAAUUGUUGUAAUGUGUUAUGCGGGCCUACACCCCCUAGUUUGUUAGAUAGAAGAGGAUUUGUGGUUCCAGAGCCGCAGACUGUACUCAGCCUACCCGAAAAUGUGACGACUGAUGGUAUCAAGGAGAGUAAUGCUGUGAAUGUGCGGCAUGAGAACUAUGGGUCGACGACGGUUACACACUCACAGUCCAAUUCUUCAGAUCGGAAUGGUUCUGCCACACCACACGGCAGUGUAGAUCCCCAUGGCUAUCAGACGCACUCAAAUAAUCGAUUACCACCAAUUAAUGAUCAACAAUUAGACAACGCUGCAAGUAACGAAUCAUUAGCAUCAGGUAAACCUCCCAGUGUUCCAAACCAUCAAGUUAAGUUGCCACCCCUGCCUGAGCCCAAUGUGGUCAAGACAUUUCAGAAUACUGUCACAACGAGCCAAAGUGAAGGUGGCCUUUCUCCAAGUGGUGCGGUCAAGUUCCAUAAGCAGAGUUCAGUGUGAUAGGUACCUUCCCACGUAGCUUAAUCUAGAGCAGAUCUUGAAGGGAAAUGGUUGUCCGCUGUGGUUAUGAUAAUCACAUUAUAUCUGCUGGUUAUGUCAAACAGCACAGAUGUCAGAACUUUAUGUGCUGUGUGUUGUUAGGCUUUACUGAGUGUGGCUAUCCCACUACGGUCCUGUCCUUGUUUACUACACAGUUUUGUGAAUCGCUUCAGAGACAAAUGGAGGAGAUGCGCUCUAUCGCGAUAUUUGACAGAAGAAAGAGGAUGGACAGUUACUUUCUAAAUGUGCUUGAAUACUGACAGCUUUGGGUUGAUUGCUUUCAUCCUCCCAUGGCAUGAUGGCUGUUGAGAAUAUUAAGGAUCACCUCUUUACCGCUGUUGUAAUGUUCUCUUGAGAUUUUCAUCUUGCCAGUCGUACCUGUGUAGGUUCAGGUGUAUUCUAAAGCAUAAGACAACUGUACAUGUUACUGUUAGUAUCGACACUUUGUGCUGGGCUGAAAAUGAUCUUGGAGUAGAUAACCGACUGUUAUAUAUUUGUAACUGACUAAAUUCAGGCUGGUCGUUCGAUCAUUAUAGGUUAACUGUUGAAGUUAAAACUGUCAGUUGAAGCUGUUGAUGUUGUAGCAUCAUAAAUGGUACCUAUGUAAUGUUUCAGGAAACAAGAACUAUACUGUUUCACCUAUGUGUAUCCCCGGUACUAAAUCAUCAAUUCACGUGUAGAAAACUGUAUUCACGUUUGUUAAAGUUAUGACCAAGGGUUAUGACCUUGUAUUGUAUCAGAUAUAUCCAAUAAAACAUUACUUCAAAGUGAUGUUUUUUUUGUAGAUCUGAAGACACAUUGAAAAGUUCAAAUUGUAUUUCUAAAUUAUGUUGUCAAAGAUGUCAUGGGUUAUUUUCUGCUUUCAUGAUCAGGAAAUCAUUGCUUCCGACCAGAGUUCCAUAAGCUUUUGGAGUAUUGAGUUAUGUUAAAAUAAUCUUGGCAUUGCGAGCAUUUUCAUUUCUGCACUCUUCUGAAAUCAUGGAAUUCAAGUGCUUCGAUCUUAUGUAUUCUGAUAAUCUUCUAUCUUUUCAUUCAUAAUAUUACAAAUUGAUUUUGAGUUAAUUUAUAUUGAUUUAUGUGUUCUGUUGAUUUUGUACUCUGAGGUCAAUAUUUAGGUAUCUAGUGUGUUUGUGUUUUCACAGAGUAUUUUGAAAAUAUUCUCUAAUUUACGCAGAUAAUAUUUUUUGGGGAAAAACACAAUUGCUAAAUCUAUUGCAUCAGUUCGUGCUUUUGAGUUUACUUAGUAAUGAGAAAACUUUUGUUUUUUCCUUGGCAGUGGAGUUUUGCUGGUUUAAUUAUUAUAUGGUGAAUGAAGUGAGCAAAAAAACUAAUCAUGUGUUAUCGACAUUUGCACAGAAUCAGUUGAAACAUCAUUCUGCGCAUAUUUGUCGGUCUUCGGGUAUAAGGAAUGGAUGAUUUCAAUUCUUGAGUGUUCUUUGAUGCAGUAGGUUUGAGUGAUUUCAUUAUCAUAAUAAACAUUGUUGUAUUUCAUGAUAUCCAACACAUUUGAUUGUAAAUAGUACUAUAAGCAAUUGUGAAAUAAUCGAUUGAUGAUUAUCGUGUACAUAUCCAUUGUAGAUACAAUUUUAGAGUACCUCAGUUGGAAUUGGAGAUAUAUGAGAAAUGUUGAUAGGUUGUAUGUAAUACGUCACCACAUACCUGUGAAUGCAUACAUUCUAAGGGUCAUGCAUGAAGCAGAUACGUGGAAGGCAAGGGGUUCAGUGAGUCCUUAUUAGCUUGGACAGGCUUCUUUAUCAAUAGUAUUUUGCGUGAUGAAAUAGGCUUUUUCAAUUGGCAUUAUUUUUGUAUGGAUACUUUGUAGAUUGUCCGACCGUUAGAGUUGUUCAUUUGGCAAUUUUAGGGAGGAUUUUGAUUUGCCAGGUAGUUGGUUUGUAGAGAAAAGCACCAAAGUCGUCAGAGCUCAGUAUCUGCAAUGAUUGACGUUUAUCUUUUGUAUAUGGACACCGAUCGAUAUAUCCUUCUGACUCGACAAAGUGCUUAUUCAGAUGAACAUUUUUUUCUCUCAUGAGGGUAGAAAUAUUUAUUAGAAUUGAUUGACUUGCAUGAGCCAUUAAAUAAGGGAAGAGAUACCUUUGACACCAAUGUGCAGUGAUGGUCGUUACUUGUAAGCCAUGAAUUUUUUGCAAGUAGUUUAUUUAUUUUUGCAAAUGUGCUGUAAAUUGCAAACUUGAAACGGACAAAAAUUAAAGUUUUAUCAGGUUUUAUGCACAACUAUUCAAUUUUGGCAGCAAACGCAGAAUUUACUGCCAAUCGAAAAUGAAAGAAUUUGUCAAUAUUUAGCAGUGCAAAUAUUUCACGAUGUUAGAAGUGAUUUUGAAGAGUCUUUGGUGCCAGAUAUCAGAUUUUUUAUUGCAAGAUGAUAUGCGAAGAAAUUGUCACCUUCAAGAAAGUAUACUUGUAUGUGUAUAUCUUGAAAACAUCAUGAAGAUUGGAUGUUAAUCUAUAUUUUUUGGUAUAUUUUUGUUAUAUCAGUUGGAACUUUAAAUAGCUGGAGAAGGAAGAAUUUAUCUUUUGGGAAUGAAAUUACCCUUGUUCUAUCCAGGCAAAUCAGUUUUUUCUAUGGUCACCCUGAUUGUGUUAUUUUUAACAAACGAAGCCUAUUUUAGGGGGUCAGUCAGUUGAAUAUGUAUACACUGCCUUUCAGAGCACAUCUGGAGGUUGGUGUGAGCUUAUUUUUCCGAGCUCUCUCAUAGUCUUUCUAUUGUACAUGUGCUGUAUCACCACAAAGAUUGUCUAUGUAGUCAAAAUCAUGCUGUGCUGUGUACAGAAUGACUAGUCACAAAAGGACCUAUCAAUGAUGGUUUUCUGAAUGAUUUCGGUUAAGUGCCAAUACAUUCUAAGGAGAAGAGAGGGGAGGGGGAGGAGGUGUUCAAUCAGAUAUGUUGAAUGCUUUCAUGUUUGAUUGUUUAUGAGUUUGGCUGAAUCCAAGCAAAAAGGUUAUCUUUCACAUAAUAUGACGCGCGUGGUUCACGUUUUCAUGGCGAGUAUUUGAGCAUCGUAAUUUGAAAGGUGACAGACAGCUGGCGUGUUGUUUUAACCAGCAUGCUCUAUUGUCAGGAGCAGCAAGUGUGUCCUGCCCUGUUAUGUGGGAAUAACCUUGUUGUACUGAGAACGCUGUUACAGAAAAGGUCAAGUGCACCCUAGUGUAAGAUUGUACAACAAUGUGUAGUCUUAAUGUAAAGCGCUUUAUCAUUCUUAAAUGCAGAUGUACAUAUUGGUAUCAUUAUUAAUAAACAUGAUGGAUAUUA